UCGUGGCGAUCGGCUACAACAUAAUAUUAUUAUUUUCAUACUUUCGUCGUUCCUAAUAAUACUUCUUGAUUCCUAAUUAUUUAGUGUUAUUACGCCGUCACGUGUGGAGGGUCGUGUAUGCUCUUCUCGGAUACCGCUCCGUCCACGUUCGCCAUCAGUGACCAGUCUUGUGAAUAUCCGAACCUAAGUAACCUUAACGACUGUUUCUCGACAGCAGUACAACAGACUCGUCAAAGUGUGACGUCUGAAAAAAUAACCGUCGCCCAGAAAUCGUCUCGAAAGUGCACUCGUUUUGUUCAACACUGAACCCGCCCACCACACCAUUAUUAUUUGGUAUUACUUCUAUACUUGAAGAACUUUGGCAGUCAUUCACCGAUCAGUGCAUGCAUCGACGAACACUGAAGGUUUACCUACAACACUGUACGUUUAGAUCUGUCAAUUUGCAUCUGCCUAUUCUACGUACGACAUAACACCUCGCUCACCAGUGCAGCACGCACACACAUACUUGUUGCGUCUCGGUUGCAUCAUCAUCAUCUUCGUAUAUAGUUGAACGGAAAAAUACGUCGGCGGCGACGACUGCCGGUGACUGCUGCGACGUCGGCGGCGGCGGCGGCGGCGGCGACUGACGAACGGACCAAUGGGAAAGUGGCUGGCGGUCGAUAAGAGGCGGGAACGGUGGCGGUACGCCAUUGGCGGGGCGCCGCGGACGACCGGCGGCGCCGCCACCGCCACCGCGUGCCGCCGCGUGUGCAGCACACGCAUUUCGGACACCGUGACGCGCGGCCCUCUGCAGCUGCUGAUCGGCCGUGCGUGCAUUUACUGUCUACUAAGCGGCAACCCGUCUGCCCGUUUAGCCGGCACAUUCCACACGCUUCACCGUCACCACAAAAUUCCACUGCCGCCCACCGGACGUCUCAGCUUUUCACGGCCGGUGCAGGUCAUGAGCAACGGCAAGACCACCACGCCGCCGGCCACUGCGGCCAACGCGGCCGCCGCAGCAGCAGCGGCUGCAGCAGCCGCGGCCGCGAUGAUGUUGCACCAACAUCAGUCACCGGCGCUAAAUCACCAUCACGCCGCUGCGGCCGCUGCCGCAGCCGCGGCCUAUCACCAGCACCAACAGCAGCAACACCAACACUUGCAGCAGCACCUGCAGCACCGAGCUCAACACGAACAACAAAUGCAUCAUCACCACCAACAGCAGCAAAAGCAACAACAGCAGCAACAGCAGCAACAGCAGCAACAGCAGCAGCAGCAGCAGCAGCAACAUCAUAGUGGUACGGCUACAGCCGUGGCUGCGGGCGUCCAGGAAGCCGCAGCAGUUGCACAACAGCAGCAGCACAUCAAACGACCCAUGAACGCGUUCAUGGUGUGGUCCAGGGGACAGCGGCGUAAGAUGGCUCAGGAAAACCCAAAGAUGCACAACUCAGAGAUCAGCAAGCGGCUGGGUGCGGAGUGGAAGCUCCUUACCGAACCCCAGAAACGGCCGUUCAUCGACGAAGCCAAACGGUUGAGGGCGCUACACAUGAAGGAGCAUCCGGACUAUAAGUAUCGCCCACGUCGCAAGCCUAAGACGAUGGUGCAAAAAAAAACCGACACAGGUGCAGUGUCCGGCAAACCAGUUCCGUACUCCGUGCGCGAUCUGUUGCCGCAACACGAAUCGUCGGCCGCGGGCGCCGGUAGCGGAUCUGUUGCGGUGUCGGCCGCCGGAUCGAUGGCGCACAUGUCGACGGCCGGUGAACAUCAGUCGGCCGCCAACGCGGUGGCCGUGGCCAAAUUCCCGCGCGCUUACUUCUCGCCGUACCAACACCACCACUACCCUUCAUCGUUCUACCAACAGGUGGCCAAGGACCUGUCGACGGUGGCCAGCAGCGGUAGUACUGGGACCGAAGCUACUGCCGCGGGCAAAGCCGUCCACGACCUGGCGUUGCAUGCGCUCUACGGCAGCUCUCUGUACUCUCGGGCCGUGUCGCUGGCUACCGGGUGGCCGAUGAUGGCCGCAGCGAACGCUACGGCGGCCGUCUCCAACGGUGGCUGUCCGGUCAACUGCGCCGAGUGCGGUCAGCACGCAGAACGUCCGUCCCAAUCAUCGCUGCAGCCGCAGCGGCUGCCGCCGCCUAGGCCGGCGCACGAGUCAUCCACGUCGUCGUCCACGCCGUCGCCACCCGCCCAGCUCCCGCCACCACCACUUUUAUCAACGGCCACCGCCGCCGCUGCGGCCGUCAUCAAGCGGCCCAUCGCUCUGCUCGUCAAGCCGGAUCGUGUCGGGUCGGCCGGACUACACGCUCAACAUGUCAUAUGAAAACCGCUGCCGGUUCUACCGGAACCGGCCGCCGGCACAGCCUGCACCGUUGCCGCCAUGUCGGCCGCCGUCCAAUGCGGUUGGCCGCAGUGUUCGUCGUCCUCGUCGUCAUCGCCGCCGCCGCCGCCGUCAACGACGACGUCUCCCCUGGCCACGCCGCCGUGGUGGCUCCAACAGUUGCAGCAGCAGCUGAUGAUGUGCAGCGGCAGCGCCGGCCACAGGAACACUACGGCCGCCCGCGGAUCUCCCGGACCGCCGCCUGCCCCUUCCGCCUCUGCCGCCCAAGAUCGUCGACCGGACUAGAUGAGCACCUUGUACAUCACUCUCCUCCACAGCGGUAAUGUUUAUACUAAAUAAUAAUAUUAUUUAUGAUGCAAGGUGAAGAAGAACGAGAACAGCCGCCGAGAACUUUGUUUUUUUAUGUAAAUAAUAAUAAUUUUAUAAUAAUUUUUCAUUAUGCAUUGAUAAGCUGGGAGAUAAAAAUAUAACUAAAAGAAAUUGGAAACCCUGAUAAUUAAAUAUGAUAAGCGUUAUCACUCGUUAUCCUGUGUAGUAGCCGGAACAUUUGUCAUAAGCAAGCCUCUAAAAUAGUAAAAUUUCGUUAACUUUUUCAAGUUUUUCCCAUGCAUCUAUUUUUCACUUUUAACUAUUUUUAUUUCAAUUUGUAACACCAACAUAACCAUUUUUUAAUAUCGUGUACUCAAAUUAGUGAUUUCUGUUGUUUUACCCACUAAUUUUAUUAUAGUCGGAACUCUUAACUUUUUAAUUUUUUUAUGAUUUGUGAACAUAGGUUUCAUACUGAAAAUGGUCACAUAUUAAAAUUACCAAUUAUAUCAAAUAUAAUAGUAUAAAAUAAACAAGUACCUAUACGGUAUUGUAUUAAAUUCUGAAUAAAAAAUUUAAUAAUUUACGUGUAGAUGCGCUUAUAAUUUUAUCUUGACAAUAUUUUCUCAAUGUAUUCAUUUGAUUAGUAUAUCAAAACAUUUGUUAUUUUAACGAUUAAGUCAAUUGCAAAUAUUUAAAAAAUGAAGAUUUACAACUUAUGGUAAAUUUUAUUACACGUCACUGAUAUGAACUCAUGGGAUGCAUAAUUUAUUACCACAAAUUAAGUCGUGUGAUAAUAUGUCAUACCUAAUACAUAACUCUUGCCUGUAAAUGGUAGGUAAAAUAUAACUGGCACCAGAUUAUGACACAAAUAAAACGAUGAGUGUUGAUUUUUGUUGGAGUGAACCUAAAUAACAAAUUUCCUAAAUAUAACCGGAACGUAAAGCAGUGUUGGUAAAAAAAAAAAUGUACGACUCCCCACACCUCGGCUACUUUACAAACUUUUAACACUGUAUAUCUGCCUAAUGUAUACAUCGUAUUAUGAUGCAUAAUAUUAUUUUUGGAAAAUAAAAGAAUUAUGUUCCGUUUUUUUUUUUUUUGAGCGCACAAUUUAUUAUAAUAUGUAUAAUGUAUUUACGAUACUGAUUAGUCCUCGGUGUUUUCAUAUAUUAUUAUUAUUUUACGUUAUAUAUAUUUCGUCACUUGUGCAUAAUAAAUAUUGAAUCAUUA